AUGUCCUCAGCUCCACCGGAACAAGUCAAUAGUCAAUAUAAAGGCAUGGGGUCCAUGUUCAACCAGCAAAACCCCGCGACCUCCGCAAGCUCCUCUAAGCCAGCCGGAGACAGUGACUCGAAGGCCCCAUUGCCCAAGGGCGUAGUCCUGGGCAAAGACGGAAAGCCCUGCCGCAGCUGUACCUCCGUCGCCUCAUGGCGAGCAUUGACCAAGCAAGCCGACUUCAAAAACGCAAGCAGCGCAGCCCCAAACUCAACCUCUACCUCGUCUCCCACCUCGACAAGCAAAACGGCAACCUCAACAGCCGCCCUCGCCGCCGCUGCAACCCCAUCCUCCAGCGGAACUCCCUCAGACUGCCCACCAGACGUCGAAGAGCUUGGUCGCUCAACAUGGACACUACUGCACUCGAUGGCAGCCACAUACCCCGAAAAGGCAGACAUGGAAUAUCAGGCUAAUAUGAGCGGGUUCUUGAAGUUCUUCUCGAAGCUGUACCCAUGCUGGGUGUGCGCGGAUGAUUUCCAAUCGUGGAUGGCGCAUCCGAGUGGAAAGAAUCAACCGAAACUGGAGAGUCGGAAGGAGUUUGGGUGGUGGAUGUGCGAGGCGCAUAAUGAGGUUAAUCGAAAGCUUGGGAAGAAGGAGUUUGAUUGUCGGUUAUGGGAGGAGAGGUGGCGGACUGGGUGGAAGGAUGGUCGUUGUGAUUGA